AUGCACUCUGGCGCAGAACUGAGCCCAUCCUUCCAUUUCUGCCAAUUUGGCCACAAAUAUUUUGUUUGGGAUAAAUUUCCCCCUGAGCUGAUACUGGAUCUUUGGGAGCAUGACCAGUCGGUACCGUUGGACGCCAGCGAACAUGACUCAUCAAGCAUAAGACACUUCCUCGGCUUACUCCUUUCACAGACAAUUGCCACAUUGGCUGUACACACUCAGUUCUUCUUCUCAGACUCAUCAGGUAUCCCCAGACUCCAAAAGUCUGUGCGUUUGAGGUUUCAGCAUCAACUUCCAGUCAUAGUAACUCGUGUACUGUUCUUUCUUCUCAGCUACCGAGCCCCAUCUUGCACUACAGCGACAUCAUCUUGCUAUGCCGCUGGUCCAUUCGUCCAGUCAGGCCACAUCGAAAGCUGA